GGCUUCCCUCCAUCCCUGGGCCUGUUCCCUGCAGGGACAGGGAGGUGUUUGCUGCUGGUUGAGCGAGAGGAGCUUCCUUUGCUUCAGCUGCUGAAUCUGCCAUCAAUGCAGUGGGUCAGAAGGGUUGGGGUGAGCACCUGCACCCUGCUGGGUAUUUGCAUUUGGGGUUGUGCUGCUGGCAGUUCCCUCCAGCUUCCAGGUGUUCCCUCAGAGUGCCUGGGCUGAAAGUGCUCUGGUUCCACAAUGUCCUGUGAGGGUCUGGGGAGGAGCCACCUUUCUUUACAUUGCUUCCUGUCUGCCUUUUCCUAAAAGGUGUUGCCCUUCAAGGCCAUUGAAACCAUCUUCAAAACUGAAACUGGAAGGCAGUUCUCCUGGGAGUAAGGAAUCUAUUUUUGCCAAAUCUGCCAGGGUCCAGUCUGCAGCACAGCUUCCAGAAUAGCUCCUCUCUUCAGCUGCCAGAGUGGAGGGGUGCUCACACCUUCUGCAUUGCCAGGGUGGGAAACCCACAAUGGCAAAACUGGGAUGACCAAAGGGAGAUUUGAUACCUUGCCCAAAGAGCUGCAAGUGAGCCCUAGUCAUUUUUCUCAUCUUGAGUUCCAGUUUCACAGAUCCUUGGAAAGGCUGCAGGAGGCUGGGACCUCCCUAGAGAGUCUGGUGUUCCUAGUGACCUGCUGAGGUGGAAUUGGCUGGGAAUGGGGCUGUUCCUGCAGCUGUUGAGGCAUUGUGGUGACAGACACAAUCAGAUGAGUCACAGAUGAGGUGUCUCACUGUGGCUUCCCUCACCUCAGCUCUCCUUGGCACUCACUGGACUGGUUUGGACAAUACCCCACUGUCACCCUGCCCAGCUCAGAGGAAUUCCCUGUCAACACUUGUGUCCCAGCAUUUUUAAAUAAUAGAAUGGAUGAAUGAAUAGUGUGGAAGACAAUAAACUCCUCCAGAGCUCAUAAAUAUGGGCGAGUAGGGAGAAAAGAGAGAUGCUGUUGCUCCCACAGCAGUGCAGGAGCCUGUUAGACCCCGGGCAGCCCUGCUGGAGACCCUCGAGACGUGAGUCAGUAGAAGCCCAGGCUUGGCCACUUCUGUGCUGCAGAGUGGGGCCUCUCUGGAGCCAGCAGGCUGGAGCAGAGCCUGUCAGGUGUCGGUGUGUGGCUCCUGUCCCUGUCCCCAUGUAGUGGCUGCUGCUCCCCAGGGUGGGGGACGGGCUGUUCCUUGAGCGAGCAGAAGGAAAGCUGCAUUCCACACACACUUACCUAAUGCCGGCUGGACACGAGUGUCUCAGCUCCAGGGUGGGGCUUGGACCUUGCACUGCUAAUCUUGAUGCUUCAGACUGGCUCCAGAAGAAGCUGUCAGAGCAGGUUGGGAGUUGAGAAAUGGCCCUGCACCCCUUUGGCAGCCGCCCUGCACUUGCCAAAGGCAUCAGCUCUUACUCACGUUUCCUCAUGAGCCACAUGUCCUGGUGAUGACUCCUCCAGGGCUGUUUGCUCUUCCCCACAAGCUCUGUGUAUCCAGUUUUCCUUUAUCCUUGUUGCCACACUAUCUCCUGCAGGGCUCAACCAGGGUGCUGUAGUGCCAGGGGCUAUGAGGGGCUUGGCCCUGUAUCUCCACAUCACCUUUGGAGAGACCAGCACCUGUUCUGGCCUAGUGGAAGGUGUCCUGCUCAUGGCAGAGGGGUUGGAAUGAGCUCUCAGGUUCUUCCUAACCCAAACCAUCCCAUGGCUCUAUGAUUCUCAGCACUGCUUUGUUUCUUGUAAGCCAGGCCACGGUGAGCUGGCCAGCAGGAGCUGGAGCCCAUACUGAAGUUUUCUAGAUGUUUCUCCAGGUCUCCAGAGAUCCAACAGCAAAUGUGUGGGGGUGUCUCCAUCAAGAGACAGAUUUAACUUAGCAAUGCAUGGGAAUCUCUGGUUUGACCGUCUGAGUUGAAGAUCUGGUGACAUCUUGGCCUUAGAGCCCACUUGCAGGAAUUGUUGGACAAUUGAGGGCAUGGCCGACCCCAGAGCUAGUGAAGGACAAAGUAAUGCUCAGAGAUUUGGGGGGCAGCAGGAGAGCUGUUGUGGUGAGAGAGGUGAUCCGCGUGGCCCAAAACCGGAGGAAAACCGACCAAGCAUUGCCUGGGGAGCGGGGAGGGGAGCGGGAGGCGAAGCCGGCGGUGUGUGAUGAACUCGGCUCCGCUCUCCGGAGCUGCCCACCCGCUGAUCCUCUCUGACAGGCUGCGGUCCCAGCGGAGCUCCUGGAGCCGGGCCGGGCGGUUGCACAAUCGCAGAUGGGGAGCCGAGGCUGGAGCAGCCCGGGGGGCUCGGCCGGAGCGGCUCCGGCGCGGGGGCUGCGGGACACGGGUGUUGAACACGGGUGUUGAACACGGGUGUUGAACACGGGUGUUGAACACGGGUGUUGAACGCUCCGGGUGCCUGCGGGGCGGGAGCGCAGCCUGUCCCCGCCGAGCCGAUGGUUUGGUUAUUCCAGCCAGCCCCGAGGGCAGCCACAGACUCCCGGCUCUGCUGUUCGGGGCCAUCUCAGCUCUGUGCCCUGUUCUUCGUCUCCUGCUCCCCCGUCUCCUGAUGGUUCAGGGCAGAGGCACCAGCCCUAUGCCUGCCCCUGUUCCCAGCAGGCUGGGCAGCCCGGGGGCUGUUCCUCAGCUGCCAAAUGCUGUCCCCCCGUCACAGACUGGCCGAGGUGGGCUCUGGCUCUGUCCGGGGAGCUGCUGUGCUGCAAGCUGCUCUCAGCAAUUGCAUCUCGCUGCCUUUGUUUCUAACGCAGCUGCGUUCCAGGGAUAGGGGAGGACCUCUGUGGAAACAGGGCUCUGUCAAUUGCUGCGGGAUUGUUGUUACAGAUUAGGAGAAAAGGAGCAGGAGGUAGAAGAGAGGACCUGUAACUGAGGGCUCAGGGGAUGGCUGAGGUUUGGAGCAGCAGAGGCUUGGAUGAAGAAUGCCAAUCCAGGGAUUGGGAUUCAGGAACAGGGUCUGUCCCAGAGAGAGGACCCUGCGUGUUCGUUGGCACUGCUGCCUCUCCAUCAAGGCCGAUAUGUGAGAUGGGUGUGUUCUGCGUGGCUCCAAAACUCUAAUAAAUACAUUUCCUCCCCAAUCUUCAAGCUGUUGGGUGUUCCUUGCUUUUGGGAGGUGCUUUAAAUCUGACUGCCAGAGCCGUGGGCUGCUGAGAGCAGAAGCUGCCUGCACGAUGCUGAGCUCAGGUCUUCCUCCCGUUCUCCUGGUGCUCUCAGUGCUGGAGCUGAGCUGGUGCCUGAGCGAUGAAGAAAAGAAGAUCAUCUUGGAUGAACAUAACAAAUAUCGCUCCCAGGUCUCUCCUCCUGCCAAGGCUAUGAUGAAGAUGACCUGGGACAAGGAGCUGGAGGCCCUUGCUCAAUCCUAUGCAGAGAAGUGCAUCUGGGACCACAACAAGGAGAGAGGCCGACGGGGAGAAAACCUCUUUGCUAUGGCCCCAACCCUGGAACUAGAAUUCGCUGUGGAAGACUGGAAUGGGGAGGAGAAAUUCUACAACUUUACAACAUCCACGUGUGUCCCCGGGCAGAUGUGUGGCCACUACACCCAGGUGGUCUGGUCAAACACGCAUCAGAUCGGCUGCGGGGCACAUUUUUGUGAGAAGAUCGAUGGAAUCGAAACAGAGAACAUGCACCUGCUUGUUUGCAACUAUUAUCCCCCGGGUAACAUGAGAGGCAAAAAGCCCUACAUGGAAGGACCCUCGUGUGAAAUGUGCCCCAUGGACACAGUCUGUGUGAACAACCUGUGUGAACUCGUUGUAGAAGAGACCACUCCGGCCUCUGUGACAACAAAGGCAAGGCCAUCCACCCCAGCCACAGCCAAACCUGAGCCCACAGACAAACCUGAAACCACAGCCAAACCAGAGCCCACAGCCAAACCUGAACCCACAGCCAAACCUGAGCCCACAGCCAAACCAGAGCCCACAGCCAAACCUGAACCCACAGCCAAACCUGAACCCACAGCCAAACCUGAACCCACAGCACCAGUUCACACCACAGCUGAACCAGAACCCACACCAGCAUCCACCGCAGCCAAACCAGCACCUACAACACCAGUACGCACCACAGCAAAACCUGAACCCUCACCAGUGUCUGCCACAGCCCAGUCUGAGCCCACAAAACCAGUGUCUACCACAGCCAAGCCAAAACCCACAGCCACACUCCCAACCACAGCCAAGCCCAAACCCCCAGCACAGGCACCCUUCAGCACAGCCAAGCCAAAACCUGCCAGCACGCUCCCAACAACAACCCCAGCCAGGGCAAAACCCACAACACCAGCAGCCAGUACAGCCAAGCCAAAGGCCACCACAGCUAUGGCCAAGCCAAUACCCACCACACCAAAACCCACCCUGACAACCACUGCCACUGAACCAACAACCACCACUAGAACCAAGAUGACGCCCACCCCCCUGAAACCCACCACAACAAAUACUACCACCAAACCAACACCCUCCACACCAAACCCCAUCACAACCACGCCCACAGCCAAGGCAAAACCAACCACAACUAUGGCCAAGCCAACACCCACUCCACCAAAAUCCACCCCAACUGUAGCUAAGCCAAAACUUGCUACAGCUGCAGCCAAACCAACACCCACCGUCCCAACAUCUACCACCACUACAGCCAAGCCAACACCUGGUGCUACAACACGAGCACCUGCCACAACAGCAAAGACACAACUGAAAACUGCCGCAACCACAAAGCCAGAACCAGAAAGACCUGAUCCUACUGAGGCAACCAAGAUCACUCUUUCCUUUGAGCCCACCUUAGACCCAGAUUAUAAAGUAUCUCCAGAGGCAGACACUGGAGAGCCUCUUAGCUCCUUUACUACAGAGGAUCCAGCCUUAUUAGAAAGCAUGGGCACAGCCUUCAGCCCCAGACCAGUCCCAGAAAUAAAGAAAGGUGUCAAAGAGCACGGGAAAGAGAAAUCAGCCUUUCCCAGUCCAUCUCCAUCCCUCAGCCUAGGUGUUCCAGAGAUGAAGCUAGGUUCCAAUAGAGCUGAGCUCAUAACCCCCUCCAAGUCAGUGCUCCUCAGCCCUGAAGAGCCCACGUUCUUGCGCUUAACAUCAUCCUCCAAAGACAAAAAAGGGCCGAGCCCCCAUUUCCAGACCUCCCUCUCAGCAGGUGCCCUGGACACAGAAGAACAGGAGACAAACUCGGACCAGACAAGUGUGGAUCUGCCCAAAGGAGGAGCCCCCAGUACCUGCUUGGGCCUUUCGCUCUUCCUCCUCCCCAGUGCCAUCCUGGUGGGCCUUCUGCUCUGAAGGGUCUUCCUCAGCUGUCCCUGCACCCCUCAGCAAGGCUUUUGUCAGCGCUGGUUGUUCCACAGCCCUGGGAGGCUCAGGAGGCUCCUUGGACAAUUCACAGCUCCCUCCUUACGCUGCCUUCUCUGCUGCAGCCCCGGCCAGCCAAGGGCACUUUGGGAACUUUGUCCCCUUCCUGAGGAGACCUGAGGGCAGGAGGGUGUUUGCCAUAAUGCUGGUGACCUUGGAUGCUUCUCCUUUUUCCUGGCUUCUGUUCCAUUUCCAGGCUGGAAGUGUUGAGCUCUCCCACCCAUCUGCCCGUGUGGCUGGCAGGCCCUGCCACAGCCUGACCCCGGGGACAGCAGGGUGACUUGGGGACAAUGAGACAUGGUGGUUGGCUUUGGUGUUUGUAGAUGAGACACGGUGGUUGGCUUUGAUGUUUUUUUCCAGCAGAAAUGCUCUUUUCCUUUCCCAAUGUGUCUGUCGCAAUUUUGGACAAGUUUUACCUCUUUCCCUUCUUGUCCAGAUAGAAUGGCUUUUUUGAGGAUUUCUGUUUCCUCCUGGUUCUGGUGGAGCUCUGGCCAGUACUGCCCAGCUGUUCUCCCCUCUCCUCCCAAGCCCCAGAUUUAUUUUACGCGUGUGCCUGCACCUUUGUGCAUGCACAGAAGAGAAACCUUCCGAGCUGAGAGAGGCCACCAGCUCCUUCCUGUAGCUUUUCCCUGCAUGGCUUCAUUCUUUGCAUCAUUUCAGUGUAUUUGAAUUUAGAUACAGAUUCCUCUUGACAUGUAACUUGUGUGUGUGUGGUCAAGGAGAACAAGACCCCACUUGUGUUGGUACGAUCUGAGCUCCAGAGGUACAAGUGACAUUGUUAGAGGUUAUUGGUGGCUCCUGGGCCUGUUGCAGGACUACUGGCACUGUCUGGGCCACUGUGUUUUGUUACCCCACGUCUGUCCUUCCUUCACCUGAGGAUUCCCAGUCAGGUGUGUUGAAUGUGUGCCAAGCUUUGCAGACAGGUGGAAGGAAGAUAACAGGGAGAUACAGCUCCUUCUCUGGUCGCUGCAACCUUUUGUUUCUUACAGAUGAGGUGGAGGAUGACCUGCAGGCCAUUAUUCAGAUCCUCCACUGCUGCUCUGUCCUGUGCAUCCCCAGAGCAUGCACUGAAUAAAUCCUGUUGUGAAAGUCUGUUCACUCUCUCUCUGGGGGAUCUGGACACCUGGGAGCUACUUGCUAUUAAAAUGCUCUUAAUUAUGUGCUUACAUAGAACUGCUAAAAGACAACAUGACUUCUGUGAGUCCUGAAGGGGUUUUUUGGCUUUCCGAAAGCAUCCAUGUGCUGCCUUUUGUAAGGGUGUAACUUAAUGUUUUUAAACCUUUGUUAAAGCAGCAGGAGGCCAUGGGGAUAGAGGAUGACGUAGGGAAUUUUUCUUGAGCAUCCAGCUGAGUGUAAAGUAAAAAUGUGUCCCCACCAGGAAUUCUUGGGCAAGGGAAGCAAGAGAAAAAGAUCUCAGAGCAAAAAAAAAGAAAUAAAAACUAUGGUUGGAGCACA